AUGAACGCUUCGGAAGCCGUUCAACGACAACUAAAGGACGACUGGGAUAAUCGCGAGUUUGAGCAGGUUCUUGCCGAUAACAUCAAGAGCAUCGCUAACUUCUUGUCCACCUUUGGUUCGUAUUUUUUGCCUUUUCUCUAA